ACAUAUUUUCUUUGCCUUUAAUUACAGGGUUAUGUCCUCAUUAACAUUUCAUUCCACAAACUUCUUAAUUCAGUGCUGUUAAACACAAAUUUGCAUAUCAAAAAAAAUCGCACGUCAUCAACACUGAUGGUUCCCAUGAUAUAGAAGGGUUCUUAAUCCAAGAAAUUGGUUGCUGAAUGAAAACGAUAUAUUCGAUCGGCCACAUGGUGACCACUGCUGAAGGCACAUGAACUCACUCACUCUAUAUAUAAUACAUUAUAGUUUUGUAAAGGAAGGUGUGAAAGCAGAGAUCUUAGAUGGUGUGACAAUUUUGUCAUUGUUAUCUAAUAAACAAUGAGAAAAAGAAUUGAACUGGUUAAUACCAAAUAUUGUCCGACUCCUACAAGUUUUCACAUAAGAUGGGAAGCCGUGAUUCUCGCCGUAUCCUGGGACCAGAAAAAAGUAUACCAUACUCCCUGCUGCAGACACAAGAAAUGAAACACUUUUUAGCAGAAGACGGUUUGCGAUGGGAUGGUCGCUCAGCUGUUGACCCCAGAAAACUCUUUAUGAGCGUUGGAGUGAUCAGUCAAGCAAAAGGAUCUUCGUACCUGGAGGUUGGAAAUACGAAAGUUUGCUGUGGUGUAUAUGGGCCCAUGGAUGUACAAAGAGGCUCUGACUUCAACAUGUCUUGUAAGGUCUUAUGUGAAGUUAAGAUGGCUCCAUUCUCUUGCUCAGUGAGGAAGUCCCCACAACCUGACAAGCAACAGAGAGAGAUGAGCAGACAGCUCAAGGAUGCUUUAGAAACUGUCAUUGUCCUUGAUAAAUUCCCCAAAUCGCAGAUAGAUGUGUACUUGACUGUGAUUGAGGAUGAUGGAGGGUUGCUUGCUGCAUGCAUCACUGCUGCAGGCUUGGCUAUCUGCCAUGCCAAUAUUGAUGUCUAUGACCUGGUUAUUGGAGCUUCACUGCUCUGGCAUGAUGGUAUCCUAUAUGCUGACCCAACCCAUCAUGAAGAGGAAUGUGAGGGUCAUAAGAUUCGCAAUUCUGGCAGUGAAGGUGGCCAACUAACUGUUGGAAUUAUGCCCAAGUAUGCUAAUGGGCAAGUCAGCCUAUUAGUUCAAGGUGGCCAAAUCUCAGCUGAUAAUCUUUGUGAAGGAUUAGAGGUUGCAGUUGAAAUAUGUCAGAGAAUUUAUACUCUCUCCAGAAAGACAUUGAUUGAUUAUGUGGAGCAGUCCCUUGAAGCAAACAGUGACUCUUCUUGAUGACCAUUUCCUGGAAAUACCCCAGCUUUCAUUGCAGUCUCAAGUAUAUAUGGGCUAAAGUUAUGUUUUACCCUACCUUAGAUGUAUAGAAUUGUAACAAGCACCAUUUCCCCUCCUUUUCCCAACAGAGAUUCCCUGAUACCACUUAUUAAUCCAUUCAUGGAUGGAGUGCUAAACUUUAAGUCAUAUACAACACCUGAGGAAGUAAAUGGAAGGCAGUCAGGUUCAAUCCAAGAUAGAUACAAUUCCUUGGAUCAAGAACUCAUUGGAAUCAAGAUACCUUCCUUAAGGUUUCAUAUCACCGAGAGGCUCUUGAGCCAAUUGGACCUAACCUCCAUUAACUUAGCCUGAACCUGAUUGCCUCCUAUUACCCUAGGUUCUGUAUGAGCCUUACAGGUGGUAAUAAGCAUCUUAACCCUUAAACUGUCCAAACGUAGAUCUACGUUUACUCCCGUAGUGCUCCGAACGUAGCUCUACAUUUUUUUAUAUGCUUUCAUGUGGAGAAAAUCAUGGUCUGAGAGCUACGCGUGCAAACCUCGAUCAACACUUGGACAGUUUAAGGGUUAAUAAAAUAAUGGAGAAAAAUUAUGCUUGUUUUAUAUUUCAAAUAAUUUUUUUUUUUUCCUUUAACAUACUGACAGUCUCCCACUGAAGUUUUAUAUAUGUAAUGGUGUUUAAUAAUGUGAAAAUUAAGCUAAAUAAAGUAUAUGCUAGAUU